CCCCAUCACCCUGCCCGCCGAGUGUUCAUGGCUCAAGCACAGGGACCCCUACUGUUAGCCGAGAAGAGCAGCCAUCCUUGUUGACCCCCGCUGCCCCACUGUCUUGGUCACCUGGUGCCCCCUCACCCCGCCCGCCGAGUGGCUCCAGCCUAGGGACCCCUCCAGUGAAGAGACGGCGGGACCAACCGUCACAGGCAGAGGUCGCCCUGGGUUCGCAUGAGGUGCCAGAUGAGGUUGUGAAACGUCUGGAUGUUGUGCUUAAGUCUUACAGAGAAGAGACUGGUCACCUGGGGAGUGACAAGUACAGUGCGUCCCUCGCCAGGCACGAUGGGAGUUGGCAUAGUUUCGCCAACGGUAUACAUCGGGUGCUGGCUGGCUUCAGCCGACAGUGUGUCGAAGACCUGAGAAACAUCGGCAAGCCAAUACACCCCCUCCGCCAGCAAGUCGGCGAGAAGAAGAUCGCGCCUGGAUUGCUGCGGACGUAUGUGUCCAACACCAAAAGAUUCAUUGCCUGGGUGAGAGGAGAGGCUGACCUUCUGCAGGAGCUGAGCAUCACCUCGGAGGCACACCUGCAGAUAGAGGCGAAGCUCAGCACGACAGCAGCUAACCUGGCCAAGGAGCAGGUGUCGGUCAAAGUGAAGACAAAUGCCGCGGGUGUUGCUGAAGAUGAGGUUGACGAUGGUCACUUCGCAGCCUACCCAAAUUCAGAUCAUGUGGAGGGGGUAUUGCGGGCGCUGGUUGAGGCUGGCGAGACUGGAGAAAAAAUAGCAGGCCAGCAGGCGACUCGUUAUCGUAAUGCACUUUAAAUAUCUGGUACUCUCCGCGGAGAACAUCAGGAGAGGGGGGAACCUUGCCAGGAUGACCUUGGCUGAGUUUGCGGCAGGCAAGGUUCUCGAAGAUGGCCGCGUGGAUAUCCAAAUCGCUCAACACAAGACGGCAUAGUCGCAAGAGGCCCACGUCCAGCUGACAGCCAUUCAACACAAGGCAGUGCAGGCCUACAUCACCUGUUGUCGUAGGGCCUGUAGAAACAACACCAUUGUGUUUGUGUCGCGUGAUGGUCUGCCCGUCACUACCUCUAGUGUUGCCAAGGCCAUACAUGCGGAGUGGGGGCGAUAUCUGAACAGCUCAGGGGUAGAUGCGCCAGCCAAUUUAACGAUUACAAUGUGCAGGUACCUAGGAAUAUCAAGGUAUUAUGACACCACCCCUACAGACGCACCAUCCAUGGGAUUGGCCAAGCAGGCGGGCCACACUCUACGCACGCAAACAGCAGUGUAUGAUAAGUCCACCUCCCUAAGGAACAGGAGCAGAGCUCUGAAGGAGCUGGGGGACGCCCGGAAGUCGUCCUCGAAGACUGGUCUCAAGAGAGGGCGCAGCCAGAGGGAUACAAGCUCUGACAGUUCUGACUAGUUCUACAUGCAUGGACACUGUAGAUAUAUAUUAUACAUUUACAUUUCUGACACUGGACACUGUACAUUAUAUAUUAUACAUUUACAUACCCGAAUAAAGUAAUUGCAGUACUUUAUUACACUUGAAAA